ACAUAAAAAUAUUAAAUUAUAAAUCAAAUAGGUAAUCAAUUAUUUGAAUUGGGUCCAAUAAUCGUGUAAUCUACAGCAGUAAAACAUACUAAUAUUGUGUAUGAAUUGGUAAUCUGAACAUAGGCAUGUAGAUUACAAAUAGUUUUCAAUAUUUUGAUUAGUAAAGAGUUACGACUGUCUUGUGAAUGAGUAGCAAACACAAGAAACAACAUUUAUUUUAUUAGGUAUUUGUUAUUUAUCUCAAAUGGCCGUGUACAAAAAAACUGAUAAAAUAAUCAGGAGCAGGUGAUUAAAUUAUAAAAUAUAGGACAAAUUAACGCUGUACCUACAACGAAUACUUACCACCUACAUUCUAGAUGAAAUUACUACUGGUUUUGGGUACCAAGUGCACCGUGCACUGUGUAUGUUAUAACUUAUAACUUAUUUUAUCUAUAAUAACGAGUGUUCAAAGGAAGUUCCUCAUUUGAUAAUGAUUGACGGUGUUGAUGAAGGUGAAUUAAAUAGUGUUGUGUGUUAUUCUGUAGGUACUCGAUGCCUUUAUAGAUUUCUAGCUUGGCAAAUGGUGGCGGAUUUAAAAAUAAAACUCGCGGACAAUUGUUAUUUGCUGGGUAAAAGUAAAGUUUUUUUUUUCUUUUCGUAUUGUCGAGGAUCGGGGAGAGAACCACGAUUUGCAUUACAGCUCCCCGGAAAAGUAUAGAUUUUAAAAAGACUAUUACGUCAUUUAAGGGUUAUCUUUAAUUUUAGAAGACAAUAUACUGAUUAUUAUGCUCAUAGUUAAAAUAUAUUAUUUUUAAUUACUAGGCAUUUAAUAUUAAGUAUACAUUCAGUGUAAAACUAACUGUUGGCACGCGUGUUAUGAUUUGCAAGACUAUUAGUUUAGUUUAUCAUUUUACAAUAUUCAAUAAGUCACAAGUAAAAACGUUUAUUACUGAAUUAGUGAUUAUAGUUUAUUUCAUCAUACAACGUUGAACGUUUAAAGGGUGUCAGUAUAACAUUAUGACAAUAUUCAUUAAGCUAUCCAUUAUUACAUUUUAUUUUGGUGUUACUGCAUUGUAUUUAAAACAAGUAGAAGGUGGAAACAUUUUGGCUAUUUCGACGAUAGGUGGAAAGAGCCAUUGGAAUUUUAUGGAAGGAAUAAUUCGUGCAUUAACUGAACACGGCCAUCAAGUAACAGUUUUGACACCAUUCCCAAAUGGUGACAGAGAAAAUUACACAGAGAUAGAUGUAUCUAAUGAAACUUUCUCAAUGUUACGCCGAAACAAUUGUAAGAUAUUAUAUGAAAAUAAUUUCAUUAAGAGGAUAUUAACCGACUACAAAUCAAAUUUUGAUGUCAUCUUUAUAGAGUUAAUGGCAUCGGAAUGCGCUUCAUAUUUAUCUGCAAAACUGGACAUACCAUUAAUAUACAUCACACCACCUCCUUUAAUAUCAUACAUGGAACGUUCUGUCUUAGGACAUUAUCCAAACCCAGCAGUUGUAUCACAUGUAUUGGCUGAUCACAGCGUUCCAAGAACAAUGAUUGAACGAUUUACAAACACUAUGUUGUUGUUUUCUACAACAUUUUUGAUUCAGUACAAAGGUUGGUUGGCAAGAAUAGUAGAUAAAGAGUCUUUUGAUCUGAUCGAACCCGUUAAACCCUCCAUAAUAUUUAGUAAUGCACAUUUUAUUACCGAUGCCGCAAGACCUAUUCCACCAAGUGUCAUUCAAGUUGGUGGUAUACAUCUCAGUCCACCAAAAAAAAUACCUGACGAUAUUUUAGAAUUCAUCGAAAGUUCGCCACACGGAGUCAUUGUUUUUACAUUAGGUUCUGUAGUGGCAGUAUCUUCGAUACCGGAAACUAUUAGAAACAAUAUUAUAAAAGUAUUAAGUCAAGUUCCUCAGAGAGUGUUGUUAAAAUAUGAAGAUGAAAUGAUUGAUAAACCAGAGAAUAUCAUGAUAAAGAAAUGGUUUCCUCAACGAGAUAUACUUAUGCAUCCUAAUAUAAAAUUAUUUAUAAGUCAUGGAGGAAUAUCUGGGGUGUAUGAGGCUGUGGAUGCUGGUGUUCCGGUUCUUGGAUUUCCCGUGUUUUUUGACCAAUCAAGAAAUUUAGAAAAUUUAGUAGACGCAGGGAUGGCAAUUUUAAUGAACCUUGAUUCUGUGACUGAGGAUAUAUUUAUGAAAGCUAUUUUAGAGCUCGUUAACAAUAAAAAGUACAUGCAAAAUGCUAAAAUCGCUUCUGAUCGUUUUAAAGACCGUCCAUCGACACCGUCAACAACCAUUGAUUAUUGGACGAGAUACGUUAUUCGUCAUAAAGGCGCACCUCACUUAAAAUCUCAAGCACUUAAUUUGAAAUGGUAUCAAUAUUUUUUACUGGACGUCAUUGCCGUUGUCAUAUCAGUUGUUCUAUUAGUUUUUUACAUUAUAUAUAAAACAUUUAAAUGUAUAAAAAAAACGAUAUUUAAGUCAUCGAUAAAAUCAAAAUCAAAAUCUGAGUAAACUUUUGUUUAAAAAUAUUUUUGUUAUAACGAAUAAAAACAAUGCAUGUAUACAUUA